AAAUAAUGACAAUCAACACAUCUGUGGUCUGUGGAUCAUACAGGAAUGAAAGGGUGAAUUAAAAAUUAAAACUGUGAAGUGUGAAAUGUGAAUUAAGGAAUUAAAUUCUAGACAGAAAUACUUUAAAAAAUCUUAGUUAAAGUAAUUGUUUUUACUUUACAACCGAAUGCAGCUUGGACGUAUUGUUACAAACUUAGCUUGUAGCGUUGAAUACGAAGGAAAAAUAGUAAUUUAUCAUCACUUCAUAAUAUACGUGUUAGACACCUUUGUGUUUCGCAAUUCAUUUAAUCUCUUAGGGUCCAGUUAAAAGUUAUUAAGGAUUAACAGUGAAAGGGAUAGCUUUUAAACUAUAAUCAUGAAGAAAAAGGUGUUGUUGAUGGGUAAAAGUGGUUCAGGCAAGACGAGUAUGAGGUCUAUCAUAUUUGCAAACUACAUAGCAAGAGAUACACGCAGAUUGGGUGCCACAAUUGAUGUAGAACAUUCCCAUGUAAGGUUUCUUGGGAACCUUGUGCUUAAUCUUUGGGAUUGUGGGGGCCAGGAGGCUUUUAUGGAGAACUACUUUGCAUCACAAAGAGACAACAUAUUUAGAAAUGUUGAAGUCUUAAUAUAUGUUUUUGAUGUUGAAAGCCGUGAAAUGGAAAAAGAUUAUCAUUAUUACCAGUCUUGCUUAGAAGCUAUAUUACAGAACUCACCAGAAGCAAGAAUUUUCUGUUUAGUUCACAAAAUGGAUCUAGUUGCUGAGGAAAGGCGAGAUGAAAUAUUUAAGAGUCGUGAAGAGGAUCUUAAAGGGCUUUCAAAGCCGUUAGAGUGCACAUGCUUUAGAACAAGUAUAUGGGAUGAAACACUAUAUAAAGCGUGGUCAAGUAUAGUAUAUAAAUUAAUACCCAAUGUCAAAGUGUUGGAGUCAUCGCUCAAACAGUUUGCUGCAAUUGUUGAUGCUGAUGAGGUCCUCCUAUUCGAGCGAGCCACAUUCCUGGUGGUGUCCCACUGCCAACGGCGAGCCCACAGGGACGCUCAUCGCUUCGAAAAGGUUUCCAAUAUCGUGAAACAGUUCAAAUUGUCGUGCUCGAAGCUGGCGGCGCAGUUUCAAAGCAUGGAGGUCCGCAAUAGCGCUUUCGCGGCCUUUAUCGACGGCUUCACGACCAACACGUACGUCAUGGUGGAGCUGUCUGAUCCGAAAAUCCCCUCUGAAGCGACGCUCCUCAAUAUACGCAACGCCAGGCGGCAUUUUGAGAAGCUCGAGAAGGUCUCGGCGGACCAUUAUCACUGACACUGAUGGCGCCCGGAUAUACUGUAAUUGCGGUAGAUUUACUGUAAUUUUAUUAAAAGAAUUCGAAUUGUUUAAUGCCUAUUAAUGUGUAAAAAAUUUAUUGUUCAAAUUUGUAAAUUAUGGCCGAAGCAAGCAAUUUUACUUUAUAUUGGUGUGAACUAUACGGUAACGGGAAAACAGGAUUAGAUAUAUCAUCACAAUAUGAGGGAAAGAGAAGAGAACUCGCGCAAAAGUAAAUGUCUAUUAACAAUAGCAAAAAAUAGCAAAUCAAAGAACGGCAAAAAUUAUUUGAAAAAAUUUAUUCCCUUUACAAAACAUAAAUUCACAGGAAUUUGAAGUAAUAUUGUAACACUCUAGGCCUAAAUUAUUUGUGAUUGUCACACAAGAACUUAGCAUGUUAUAUUGUUUUUCUAUUAAAUUUUAUAAACCUUAUAUUUCGAAGAAA